GAAUGAGGGGAAGGCUGGAAGACCAGAGGUUCCUUCAUUCAGCAAGUAAUUUUGUCACCUGUAGCUGAAGCAGUGUUCCAGGCAAACGGACAAAAUAUCCGUGUCCUAGGAAACUUGCCUUCUACUAGGGAAAAGAGAAAACUAUGAUGUUUCCUUAGUGAAGAAUGAGUAAUGGCCGUGUUUGAUACUCCUGAGGAAGCCUUCGGCAUCUUGCGUCCAGUCUGUGUUCAGCUCACAAAGACCCAGACGGUGGAGAAUGUGGAACACCUGCGGACACAGUUGCAGGCUGUGAGUGACGCUGCCCUGCAGGACCUGCAGCAGUAUGUCCUCUUCCCCUUGCGAUUUGCCCUGAAGACCCCGGGUCCCAAGAGGGAGCGCCUGCUCCAGAGCGUGGUGGAGUGCCUCACCUUUGUCCUCUCUUCAACAUGCGUAAGAGAGCAAGAGCUUCUCCAGGAGCUCUUCGCAGAGCUUUCUGCCUGUCUGUAUUCACCCAGCUCCCACAGACCCGCAGCUGUGUCAGAGGAGUUGAAAUUGGCUGUGAUCCAGGGACUUAGCACCUUAAUGCACUCGGCCUACGGGGACAUCAUUCUAGCUUUUUAUGAGCCCUCUAUUCUGCCUCGUUUAGGAUUUGCUGUGUCUUUACUGUUGGGCUUGGCAGAGCAGGAGAAGUCAAGACAAAUUAAAAUUGCUGCCUUGCAGUGCCUACAGGUUCUCCUCCUUCAGUGCGAUUGUCAGGACCAUCCAAGGCCCUUGGGGGAGCCGGAACAGCAGCAGUUGGGGGACUUACUGGCUUCUUUCUUACCUGGAAUCUCAACUGCACUGACCCGGGUCAUCACAGGAGACUUUAAACAAGGUCACAGCAUUGUCGUGUCUUCCCUAAAGGCCUUUUACAAGACAGUGGGUUUCAUUAUGGCUGAUGAACAGCUCAGAAGGAUCCCUAAAACUCAGGCAAAGCCUACAGUUGAACACAGAAUAGCAGACCUGAUGGUUCAUAGGGAAGCUGACUGGGUAAAAAGUACUGGCAACAAGUUGGCAAUCCUUAUUAAAAAGAUAAUUGGUUGUGUUUCAGUUCACCCACACUGGAAGGUGAGGCUGGAACUGGUAGAAUUUGUGGAGACCCUUCUUUCCAAGUGCAGUCAGUCCCUGGUUGAAUCUGCAGGGCCCCUCCUAAAAGCUUUAGUGGGUCUAGUGAAUGAUGAGAGCCCUGAAGUCCAGGCCCAGUGCAAUAAAGUGCUAAGAGGCUUUGCAGAUCAGAAAGUAGUGGUGGGCAGCAGAGCAUUUGCUGACAUCCUGUCAGAAAGCCUGCAUUCCCUUGCCACAUCUCUUCCUCGCCUAAUGAACUCACAAGAUGAUCAGGGCAAAUUCUCUACCCUUUCCUUGUUACUUGGGUAUCUGAAACUUUUGGGCCCCAAAAUAAACUUGAUUCUCAAUUCUGCGGCCCAUCUCCAGCGCCUCUCCAGAGCACUAGUUCAAGUUUUAGAAUUAGAUGUGGCUGAUGUCAAAAUUGUCGAAGAGCGGAGCUGGAACUCUGACAACCUGACUGCUUCCCUGACGGCCUCACCUGCACAGCCAUGGAACCGAGUCCAGAGGAGAUACUUCCGCUUCUUCACUGAUGAGAGGGUUUUCCCGCUCCUGCGGCAGAUUUGUCAGCUACUUGGUUACUAUGGGAACCUUUAUUUGCUUGUGGAUCACUUUAUGGAACUGUACCAUGAAUCUGUGGUUUACCGGAAACAAGCCGCCAUGAUCCUGAAUGAACUGGUUAUAGGGGCUGCAGGGCUGGAUGUGGAAGAUAUUCACAAUGGAUGUCCAAAGAUAAGCCCAGAGGACCUGAGAGGGACUGUGACAUCUAUACUUGAAGAAUACACAAGCCAAGAAAACUGGUACUUGAUUACCUGCAUUGAAGCUGAGGAGGGCGAGGAGGAAAUGAUGAAGCAGCCAGGCCCUCAGGCCAUCACAUCUGGUGUACACACCUGCCAAGUUGUGUCUUUUCCAGCCUUGUCAAAGCCAAGUCCCACUAUUUGCUCCAUGAAUAGUAACAUCUGGCAAAUAUGCAUCCAGUUGGAAGGGAUUGGCCAGUUUGCAUAUGCAUUAGGAAAAGACUUUCAUUUGCUCUUGAUGUCAGCUCUUUAUCCAGUACUGGAGAAGGCUGGAGACCAAUCCUUGCUCAUUAGUCAGGUGGCUACCAGCACCAUGGUAGACAUUUGCCAUGCUUGUGGCUAUGACUCCCUGCAACACCUGAUCAAUCAAAAUUCAGACUAUUUGGUGAAUGGCAUCUCUUUAAAUCUGCGUCACCUCACUCUACACCCUCAUACCCCAAAAGUUUUGGAAGUCAUGCUGAGGAACUCAGAUGCUAGCUUGCUUCCUUUGGUGGCAGAUGUGGUUCAAGAUGUCUUGGCCACCCUGGACCAGUUUUAUGAUAAGAGAGCUGCUUCCUUCGUCAGUGUUCUGCAUGCCCUGCUGGCAGCAUUGGCCCACUGGUUCCCAGACACAGGCUAUACUGGGCAGCUCCAAGAACCAACCAUAGAGGCAGAGGGAAGUCAAGCACCAGCAGUCUCUGAGGCCAGCACUACACCUGAGGACAUUGAGCAGUUUGUGCUGAGCUACCUCAAAGAGAAGGAUGUGGCAGAGGGGAAUGUCUCCAGCUCUGACUCUGACAACGAAGAAGAGGAGCAGUCAAUCCCUCCCAAGGUGGAUGAAGAUGACACCCUUCCAGAUAUAGAGCCUCCACUGCCGGUGCAGAUCCAGAUAGCCAAGGACGUGAUGGAACGCUGCAUCCACUUGUCAUCAGAUAAGCAUCUGAAAAUCCGCUUGAAGGUUUUGGAUGUGCUAGGCUUGUGUGUGAUGGUUCUGCGGUCCCACAAGAACCAGCUCCUUCCCUUGGCUCAUCGGGCCUGGCCUUCACUUGUGCACCGACUCACAAAUGAUGACCCCCUGGCUGUGCUCAGAGCUUUCAAG